CUGCUGGGAGUGGGGUGGGGAUGGCGGGGGAGCCGCCUUCCCUUCUGCCUCCGGCUGCCAGGGGAGCGGGCUGGGGGAACGAGCGCGGCGGCAGCUGCAGCGUCCGAGAAGAGAGCCAUCUGGCCAGGCGUCGUCGAACUCGGGGCGCGCUGGGCUGCGACAGGUGGUCCUCUCGCUUUAGGACGGCUCUUGGAGGAUCCGAUCUCUUCCCUCACCCAGCCGAGACGACCCCAACUCGGGCUACCUGAGCUGCGUCACCCGACCGAGAUAAACAAGCGCCACGGUGCGACUCCCCUCGGAUUUGGUCCUUCGGGGAUCGGCGGUGGCGGCUGGGAGGAUUGCUCCGGACGCCACCGUCCAGUAGACGCCGAGCGAGAUUCCUCGAGGGAUCGAAGACACUCACCUGAGGAUGACACCUGGCGGGGACGGGGCUUGACCUGCAGACCGGUCGGAAGAGGAGUGUGUAGGGGGAGAGAUCCGGAGAUAUCCGGAUUCAUUCCAGAGGGGAGCAGAUUGGUCGGGAGCCAAGAGAGGCGGGGAAGGGAGGCGGAGAGACAGAGACUAGGGAACGAUCCCUAAGCAUCCCGCUUCUGGCAGGCGAUUCAUCCGCUUUGAGAUCUGAAGUUUGGGAGCGAAGCCGAGAAGGGCGAGGCGCAAUCCCGUCUGCGAGGCGCGUCUUCAGUCCCGCCACCAGGAUGAUCUCCGACCCGGAGUAAUCCCAAAUGUCGUCCCGGAACGACAAGCCCGAUCGGUGGCUGAGUUUGGGAGGGCGCCUAGUAGGCUCCUGACUCCCGAGUAAAGACUCCAGAUGCGCAUCGACUGGUGCUCCUUCAAACCGGGAGAAGGCAGCCUCCGACGCGCUACCCUUUUGGAAACCGGGAGGAAAAGCAGCAUAGUUCCCACGACAGAACCACCCUGGACAGCGAAAGCAGGUUUCCGGGACCAGGACAAUUGCCCACUGAUCCAGUUGACCCCUUGAUCCGUAGGCUCCUGCCCGGCACCGUGACAGUUCAGAGACCCAGUUCAGAGACCCGUUGCAGCUCUAGUUGUCAGCUCUAGCUGUUAAGUUGGGAUCCUGGCGGUUCCCUCCAACUGUGGGGUGGCCUUGAUGCCCAGAGCAGGGGUGAGUGACACUGUCCAGAGAUGCCCUGGGAAGUCAUUGGUUUCCUGCUGGUGCUCCUUCAGCGGUCGUGGACUCUACAGAAAGCAGAAUUAUCUGAAUGUUUUAUGGUGAAUGGAGCUGAUUAUCGGGGAUUGCAGAACAGAACUGCGCCUGGAUCCGCUGGGAAGCCUUGCCUUUACUGGAACCAGACACGAGAACAUGCCUACAACACAGCCAAGUAUCCCAAUGGCGAGUGGGGGCUGGGCAGUCACAAUUACUGCCGAAAUCCGGACGGUGAUGUACAGCCUUGGUGCUACAUCUCAGAGAACGAAGAAGGGAUCUACUGGAAGUAUUGUGACAUUCCAACCUGCCACAUGCCUGGCUAUGUUGGCUGCUUCCUGGACUCUGGUACUCCCCCAACACUAAGUGGGAGCAGUGGCACUUCCACCAAACUCACGGUGCAAGUUUGCCUCAGUUUCUGCCGCAAGCGAGGCUAUAAGUUUGCUGGAGUAGAAGCUGGUUAUGCCUGUUUCUGUGGCCAUGAAGGAGAUAUCCGGCACAGCCAGCAAGUGAGUGCUGUGGAAUGUGAUCAAGUCUGCUUUGGCAAGUCCAGUGAACUGUGUGGAGGAGAUGGCCGGAUUGGCAUAUACAACGUCUCCAUGGGGGCCUGUCAGGGGAACUUCAGUGAUCUGUCUGGAGUGAUCUACUCUCCGCAGUUCCCAGAUGACUAUGAGGCCAACAGCAACUGCAGCUGGAUCCUUUACCCUGCAGGCUGUGAUUCUAUAGAGCUCAGCUUCCGGAUCUUUGAUGUGCGUGAUCCAAACGACCGCCUGGAGGUCCGGGAUGGACACAGCAAUCUCUUACUGGCCCAGUUUGAUGGGCGCCGAAGGCCGGGUGCACCUCUGCUGUUCCCCACGGACUGUCUUUCCCUCUUCUUCCAAUCAGACCAGUUCCUGCAAGCCCAAGGCUUUGCCAUCUUGUAUCGAGGACUGAAAGCUUCCUCGGUCAACUUGCGGACCCUUCCAGGUGAUGGAUCCCGUCUGACCCCUACCUCUUCCGAUUGGCUGAAUUCAACCUGGACCUACAGUGCCAAUGAGUCUGCCAUUGGGGUAGGAGCUUGGGUGAUGUAUACGGCCACAGGGACCUUCAUCUUAGCCAUCAUCAUUGUCUCAUACCAUUUGCGCAAGAGGACUUGCCUUUUUGUACAAAAGAAGACGGGGAAUUCUUUAGUUCCAUUCUCCUUCAAAGGGCCACGGAACCGCUGCCAGUGUCUUGGGGGUGAGGCCUGGACUGUAGCCUACCGACAUACCCGUGUGGUGAUCUGCACGACUCGUGGGGCCCCCCAUCACCGUCCUCUGCACACUGGGGGUGGAGUUGCCGGAGGAGACGACGAGACCUCCUCUGAUUGCUCGUGCCUAUGCCACAGCUAUGAGAAUCUUUCUUCCACCAAUCAGUCCUCUCUCAAAUCUCUCAUCUCCACCAUCUGAGGAGCUCAGAUCCUGCAGUUUGUGACUUUUAAUGCCAGACAGUUAAAGCGGACUUUCCUAGAUUCGUUAGGGACAAAAAGUCUGGGGCCUUACAGUGUUUAACCACUCAAGACCUGCGGCAGUGGCUCUAUAAUAUAGUGGAAGUUGAAGCUUUUAGGCUGAGAACCACAUUCCAGAAAGCCAAAGGUCACUUUCUAGCAAGGCUCCAUAACAAUAUCCCCCCCCCCCACAUCACAGCUUUCUUUGGGGCAGGAGAAGCCUGAGGGAGUGGAGACGCUCUUGCCAUGUCUCCUUGCAGAAGACAUGUCAGCCUAAUUUAAUCUCAAAGCAGCUUUUAUGGCCCUGGAAUUUUGUAAAAAGGUCCUGUUGGACAAAGAGGACUGGUAGAAAUCCCCAUCAUACCAGAAAUAUUCCCAUGGCAUAAUGGGAAAAUGUAAGUCUGUGACAAGACACCUGUUCCUUAUAACUGAUGGAAGGAGGAAAACUUUGGAAGGAAUGUACGCCUGGAUAUAGUAAGCUUGAUGAAUUUUUGGACACUGAUUAGGGAAAACUGGUUCUCUUGUUGGUUGUAACAUUGGUGAGGCAUUUAGCUGCAAACACUCUGAAGACUUCGAGACCCACCCAUGGAAACAUUAUUUACUUGGCUUCAGGGAAUUUUGUAGACACACCAAAGAAUGAGGAAAAGGAAAACUAGUUGUCCUGUGUUCUACAGAUACAGGAUAGAUUUUGGAACUCUAAGCCUUCAUUAAAUUAUUUUCGAACUGGCAAGGAUGCUUCUGUGUCAUCAGCUCUGUUGUGCUGUGAUUCAGAGCUUGACAGAUUUUCUGCUUUCCUGGACUGGGUAGGAGAUACACUGGAUCGUCCAUUUUUCAUUGAACAUGAUUCAUUUCUCUGAGUGUUUUGUCAUUAGCAGUGAGAAACCAAGAGAUCUUGAAUAAAAGGACAGGUUCUGGAAGAAAGUGAAGAACAUUGGUAUUUACCUUUACUUUCGGUAAUCCUGUUUCAGAUUCCUGGUUUCCUACUGGACCUGCAGUGUGUUUGGGGUGAGGUGUGGUGGGGUUGUCUCUAAUGCCCCAUGAGCCCUGCAGCUGUAGCCAAGUCUUGGAUGGGUAUGCAUCCAUGCUGUUCUUUUUUUUAAAAAAGGGUACAGAAUAUAGGGUAGCAACCAAAAUCCUUAGGAGCUUUGAGCAAUUCCCAAAUAAGUUUUUUUUUUUACAAUGUUGAGAUAAAUUUCAUGAGGAGGAAAAGGUGAGCAAGAUAGGCAAUAACUGUAUAAAAUUAGGCAGAAUGGAUAAUCACCUAUAGUAGAACAUGAGUACAUGCAGUGAAGCUGAACUGAUAGAGGAAAUAUCAGAGUUCUUCAUGUCACAAAGUAAAUCCUAACUAAUAGGACAGAAUCUGCUGCAUACAAAUAGUGUGUUGUUUUACUGAAUUCAUCAUCACAGUGGUGAUGAUGAGGCUGUUAGCAGAUCUUUGUGCCAAAUUCUUUCAGUAUUCCUUCCCUAGUCAUAAUGGUUGCCAGCACAGAAUGGUUUAAAAGAAGGGGACAGAGUAACCUCCUACUGUUUGGAGUACCCAUUGGCAUCUGGUUAGCCACAAUGUGAAACAGAAUCCAGGGCAACUAUGCCAUUGAUUUAAUGCAGUGUGUUUCAAAGUUGGAAACUUUUAAGAUGAGUAGAUUUCAACUCCCAUGCUGGCUAGGGGAUUCUGGGAGUUGAAGCCCACAUAUCUUAAAGCUGCCAAGUUUGUAAACCCGAUAUAACCUAUCAGGCUUUUAAUAAUGUAUUAUCUUUAGAAAAGAGCAAGAGAAGACCUUAUUCUUUCAACAUCUAUGAAGGUCAGCUUUUUGGAGGGUGAUCCAUUAGCUCUUGUAAUUCUGCAGCUGAGAAUGGAGUUUCAGACUGGGUGUGUAGAAUCUGCUCCAGCUAUUAACUCAAAAACAAUAUCCCCUAGAUUUUUCCAUCCUAUGCCCUCCAACUUAUUGUUAUACACUUUUCCCAAGGUUUAGUACAAAUCAGACCAACACAACAGUUACAAAAAUAUAUUAUUAUAAAAUUAGUUGAUAAUUAAUAGCCAUACCUAUAAACAAAGAUUAAGGGAAACUAGGAAUUACAAUCCUAGCAUUUUUGGAGACUAUCAGGUUUGGGAAAGAGUGAUGUAAAGGAUUUGUUUGAAAGGGCAUCCUUUGUGUGUCCCAGGAAGGGAACAAUAUUAAUUAGAGAAAAUCUGUUUGUGUGUGCUUUGUGUGCAUGUAUGUGUGUGUGUGUAUGUGUGUAAUUCUUCAGGAACAGAAUGUACAGAAUGUUUCAGUUCCAAUCAUUUUAAUUUCAGGAUCUUCAGCCAUGUUUACAUAUGUGCCACUGUGUCAAUAAUAGGAACAAGAGCCCAGCCUUUGAAACUCUUCAAUGACUUGUAAAAAGAUGAGUCCAGACAUUUUUAAGAUUGAAAGAGAACAGUGUGCUUCUUUGCCUAAAGACAAUCUCAAAUCCCCUUAUAUAUUUUGAAUGUUAUAGUUGUGCUGUCGCCAAGACUAAAUCUAAAUCUAAGACUGACUCCAGGAGCUGUGGGCUUAGCCCUCAAGCAUGUGAAACAACAAAAGUGCCUCUGAACAUCCGUAAAGUGCUUUCCCUCAACAAUUAGCAACUACGUCAAGGGCCUAGGGCAGCAUUGUAAAAGAAGGGCUAGCAGAUUUGUCGCUUGACAGGCUCCACUCAAUGUUGGUUAGCUCUCAGUCUUAGAAUCAUUUUGUGGCAACUGGAAAUGAUUACAAGGCACCAUUUCCAAUUUCCUGGAAGGAUGCUGAAAUGGUAUUCUAGGAAGUGUGGAUAGCAGUCCAUUGGACAGUUUUAAAUACCAAACCAUUCAUGGAAUGAGAUUCUUUUUCACAAAAAGGGACCUAGGUUAAUGCCCCAUUCUUUCUCCAUUUUUUUAAAGGUUUACUGAAUCCCUAGGGCCUUAUUUUAGAAAUAUUAACUGCAAAGUCUAUAUUCAAAUAUAUUUGGUAUUUGUUCUGUCCUUUCAAUGAAUUAAAUCCAUAUCCGAAACUUUAUCAGGCCAACUCCUCUUGUCAUCCUCUUGUAUAUAAUUGAAAUUUGUUUAAUUAUUUAACUUAUUAUGAAAUAAUUGUGCUGCAUGUAUAUUAAGGAAAACAUAAUAAAGCAGGUAGCCAUUAAAA